AUGUACUUGUGGGCAGAGCUGGUAGAUAGACCUGUGUUUGAAGGUUCUGCGUUUUCGUUCUCCUGGAGGAUGGCGUCAAAGAGCUUUGGGGCAGAAAUGGCAUCAGAAAGGUGGAGUUUGGAAAGUACAGUUGUCAAUACAUCGAGCGUAACUAUUGUCGAAGCGGCGAGUCCGGACCGAAUGCACACAGAAAACAGAAACGACGACCAGCUGUCUUCAAUGGCCAGCACUACGCACCUACGAUCCAACAUCGCCGUCGAAAUAAUCGACAUGAUCCUGCAAGACAUAAGCCCAAACCACCUUCAACCACUACUAACAGUCAACAGCUUCUUCCACUGCAUCACCCUCCGAAGGCUCUAUCACACCAUCGUCCUCCACUCCCCCACAAACACCAUCACCCUCUUCCGUACCCUCCUCCGUAACGCCUCCUUACCACCCCUCGUCCGCGCACUCGACAUAAACUUUGCAACGGUAUCACCCACACGAAACCUCUACGGCCUCUUCCACUCCGUCCUCCUCCGCUUAUCCUUGCUCACGUCACUGACGAUCGAGCUGCCCAGACACCAUUCGCCCAUGUGGAUAUUCGACGGGUGUACGUUCAAACUGAGGCAAUUCACCACGUCGCAUCAUUGUCGUCUCCCUCUUGCGCGGUUCCUUGAUUCUCAGGACGGGAUUACGGAUCUCACGUUGCGCGGGUACCAGAAUGAUCAUACAUCCUCUAUGCUCUCCUUCCUCGAUCCGCCUUUAUCUCACACCCUCCCCUCAUCAUCACAGCAAAACUUCACACUCCACCCUCACUCCCUCCCACACCUAACAACCUUCAACGCAGUACACGCCGGCGCACCCAUCAUCCACACCAUCAUGUCCGGCCGACCCGUGCGCGUCGUAUCCAUCCCCCUCUUCCCAAACUGCGUCGAAGAGAGCUUUAGCGCUUUACAGGCGGGAAGUGGGGAUUUGAAGAGGCUGAGCGUGAUUAGUUUUGAUCCGCAGGCACCGCGGUUUUUGUUUGAGGAGGUUGCGAAGAGGUUUAGGAAGCUUGAGGCGUUGCAUUUGGUUGUGCUUAUGGCGGAUUUUACGAAUGAACAUUUAGCAGCGUCAGGACGUUACCUUAAAUCCUUCGAUUCUUUAAAGUACAUAACAUGCGUCGCCUCCACCAAAGACAGCAACACGCGCACCGAAGAAUGUUCCCUCGCCACGGAAUGGCAUAAGCUAUGGUAUGGUUUCAUGGACGGAUUGGGCAGUAUGAUUGGUCUUGUUUGGAUGAUGAGGAUGGGGAGGAGGGGGAGUGAGAAAGGGAGGUGGUGGAUGGGUGGGUUGAGUGGCAGGGGCCUUUGGGGUACACGUCUUGAACAGGAGUUGUGCAACUCGAGGACUUUGUGCUUCGCUCUCUGCCAGGAUGCGGGCCCCAGUGGUUGUCUAUGUAUGACAAAACUGAGCGUCUGCCUUUACGGUCCGAGUCACUGCAUCCAUCAAGGUCAUCUGAGCCUUCCACUGCAGAUCCCUGCGCUUCAUUUCGGAGCCAUGUGUGCCUCGGCCAUGGACUGGGAAGCUAAAUGCCAAACAGGUCAAACUUUCCAUGGACAAAGUUCAAGCAAGUACUAUCUUCAUCAUGUUUCACCGACUUUAAAGUCGCCCUUUUAUCGAAACAACAUUGAGCCUAUGCAUCGAGUGAAUAUUUAUUCACGAGCAGGCCCCCUCCCCCCAGUUGAAUGCCUGUCUACCUCUUCACUUAUGGAGGACAUUCUCUAUGAGCCCUUUAACACCAGCACUUCUCCAACCCAAGACGACCCACUGGCAGCAGUGACCGUUGCGGAGGACUCUACCCAGUCCCUCGAGCCACCAUCAGUUUGCUUCACUGCCGGUGACACUACACUCAACCCGGGCUCGGAGAGAGGUUUCAAGGACAGUACUAGAAGUUUCAAGUUCAGCACUAGAAGUUUCAAGGACAGUACUAGACGUUCCAAAAUCAGUACUAGAAGUCUUUUCAAAAAGUCGCGUCGGCGCAACUCUGAGGCGAAAGCAUCGUCGUUCAAAUGGAGCGACGCCGUCAAUGCCGUCAUCCAGGCUGCAGGGCUCAUCACGGCGGUUGUGUUUGGCGUAUGGGCGGUCAGGACGUAUGAUGUGGCGAGGAAUUCGCUGGGCAGAGCCGACAUUGCGAACGACUUGACUGCGAGGGGGGUAAGGAUAGCCCUCGCUGCGAACAACUUGACGGAGAGGGCGCUGGAGAUAGCCAACAAUACGAACAUCCUGACGAGGGAGGCGCUGAAGAUAGCCCGCGACGCGAACACACAGGCGCGGGAGAUAGCUCACACCACUCACCUCCUGACGAGGACGUCGAAUGUGAUAGCCCUCGCUGCGAACGAUCAGGCGCAGAAAAUAGCCAACACUUCACACAACCUGACGAGCCAGGCGCUGGCGAUAGCCCUCGACGCCAACACGCAGGCGGGGAAGAUAGCUAACACCACGAACCACCUGACGAGGAGGUCGCAUGCGAUAGCCAAAGCUUCAAUCCAUCAGACGGAGGUGCAGAAUAUGCUUGCCAAUUCGCUUCAGUUGUUGUCGUUCUGUGCCUCCGCCCAGACAAAGCCGCCUUCCAAUCUUACAGACCUUUGCGCCUCGAUCACUUUACGCCUAUGGUCGUUUGUCACAAGUUCUGUGGUCCCAACUACAUCGCCGGAGAACCCAGACACUCAGGAGUUUGUCAACGUUCCCCAUAACCUUUCUACAUCUACGUCAUCGACACUGCCAAGGACGGCGACAACGACGAGGCACUCUGCCUCUAUUUCACCGACAAGAAGGCCCUCUGCUCCUGCUUCACCAACAACGAUGGGGCCCGCUGCCUCUACUCAACAGACAACAGCGAGGCCCUCUGUUUCUACUUUACCGACACCGCCACCGACAACGGAGAGGCCCUCGCCAAUUUCAGCGUCCCAUCGACGGAAAAAGCCAAUGCAGCUUUCUGUGAUUGUUGGGAUUGUCGUCGCCGUUGUUGUGUUUUUUGUGGCUGUUGGCAUUGGAGAAAAGGCCGAAUCUAAAAUAACCUUGAGUAAAACCCACACUUGCUCAAAACCAGAGAGUAUUCCGACGCCUGGGCCGUCGAGAGCACAGGCAGUUGGAUUUCGCACCGGAAGGAUUUACUGGCAGCUUGGGAACUUGGGAAUCGGAGCGCUCAUCCACUGGAACGUUGCUGUGCACGAUCAUGGCAGCCUUCCCAUCCUAGGCCCCAGCCCUAUCACUCUAGGCAGCCCUCCUACUAUCCUGAGCCCCCAGAGCCCUCCCAUCAUAGGUUCCAGCGCUUCGAUCCUAUGCGGCCCUACCAUUGUAGGCAGCUCUUCCAUCGACGAGGUCGAUCGUCAGGUGGGGCUCUUGGACAGAAUGUCGAACAUUAGCAACACACCCAACGUCGAAAAAUUCAGUCCUAUCAACGACGAGAAGUUUCUAAAACAUAAUCGGAAGGACAAGCACAGUUCAGCAGUGAUUUGGGUAUUUUCAUGGAGCGAGAUUGUUGAUUACGUCCUCCAAAUCGCCGGAAUUACAGCGGGAAUUGUGUUUGGGGUGUGGGUGAUCAAGACAUACAGUGCGACGGAGACGUCGCUUUCAAUAGCGGCCAAUGCGAAUAACCUCUCAACGAACGCACUGGAGCAAAGCAAAUUAGCCAAUCAACUUGCUUUGUUGAGUUUUUGUGCCCCUUACCUCAAGGCAAUCCCGCCUUCUGAAUUUGGUGUCGGUUUGAUGCCCCCGGCGACAGGCUCCCAGCUAAACCCAAACACCACCAACCCGUUAGGAGGUGGUGGUUCAGCAGAGUCUGGGUCGUAUGUCGCGCCAUAUCCGAGUUUAGAGGUGGGCCCACAGCCAACGCCGUCGAGCAGUUCACAGCACUGCUGGAACCAGGCUUCGGCCAAUUCAUCACGUUCAUCGUCGAACAGUCAAGCGCUCGGGGGGCCGAAUAGGCUACUGCCGCCGCCGAAAACGACUUCAUACCAUCAGAAAACCACGGUGCAUUUCGCGGUGUUGGUUGGGAUUAUUGCCGCUGUUGUUGCGUUCUUGGUGAUUGUCGGCGCUCUCCUCGCUGGUAGAAAAAGGCUGAAGAUUCGGAUUAGGAUUACUACUGAGUAUGAAUUGGCUAACAUGCUCAAUCCCAACGGCGCUGCAGUCAUCCUGGCGUAA